AUGAGUUCAUUUUCUACCUUGUGUAUUUUAAGUUCGAUACUCAUCGUGAGUUGUAGUAACAUUGUAUGCGCUCAAGACUCAUCGGCCGAUUAUGUGAACGCCCACAACGCAGCAAGAUCGGCUAUUGAAGGUGCCAACAUUCCAAAUCUUGUUUGGGACAACAAAAUUGCGACUUUUGCGCAGAAUUAUGCUAAUAAGCGCAAGGAUUGUAAAGCGUAUCCCUCCGGCGGUAAUGGCGGAGAAUACGGUGAGAAUGUUGCCAUUAGCAAUGGUAACAUAAGUGGUGCGCAAGCAGUGAAGUCGUGGGUGGAUGAAAAAGCUUACUUUGAUCGCAAUAGUAAAAAGUGUGUUCGUGGUGAGUGUCGUGAUUAUACUCAAGUGAUUUGGAAAAAUUCACUGAGGGUUGGAUGUGGGAAAGUGAAAUGUAAUAAUGGAGGCACAUUUGUUUCUUGUAAUUAUUAUCCUCCUGGAAAUAUUCCAGGUCAAGACCCAUUCUAA